UUAGAAUGUUUGGAGGCUGAGAGACUGGUUAAGUAUAGUAGGCUGCAGCGCUGUGUUGGAUAGCAGGAGGAGCCGCGGCUGCUGAAAGAAAGAGAAUGCAAAGACGCUGAUGGAAAAAUUCGAAGAUUGCGUUUAGAAACAGAUUAGGCUGAUCAAAUAUUGCUUUUAAAGCAUAGCAUUUGGUUAGAGAGACAAAUGGUUUAAUCACGGACACAGCAACCAAAUGAAAAGGGGGAUUCAGCAAGAGCAAGCUUCUGUUUAUUCCAGGAAAGUGACCAGGCAAUCAAUGUUAUUGGAGAGACCAACACAACUCUGGCACUCUCAAAUGUUAAUGUAAUGGAAACUAUAUACCUGCUCCAGUUUCCCUAUGAAAUGUAUCAAGGGAAACAAAUCACUGACUCUCAGGGCUAAUUUGAUCAAGCUGUGGUUGAGUUUGAUAGUGGAUGCACUCAAAGCCCUGUGCCCUGUCAUGCACAACACCAUGUUAAAGCAACAAACCUGGAAUAACACUGAGCAUUCAGUCCAGCCAAUGAGAAAGCCAUGGAAGAAGUUAGUGGAAAAUGUACAGUACAAGCCUCAAUUGUGACUCUUUUUUUGCCCCAGAUAUUCAGCGACGUCCCAAAAACUGCUUUUCUCGCCCACAGCCAUUCUGUUUUCUCAGAAGGGAGCUUCAGUUGCACACUGUCUUUAUCACAACACUAAGGACAGCUGCAAUCAACUUGGAAAGGCACAUGUGGAGGCAAAAAAAAAUGGAUACUCAAAUUUACAGCUGGCCUACUCUGGGUUGAAGAUGUGAGGGCAAGGAAAGCCCUAUGAGGAAAAGCCAGAACAGCAGUAUCUCAAAAUGGCCCAAACCAGUUUGCUGCAGGGGAAGCGCUUUUACUGCAGGGAGUGGGUCUUCCACAAGAUCCAGCACUGUCUCCAGGAAAAGACUAAUGGCCUGAGUGGUUUGACCAGCACUCCCAGCAAGCAGGCCGGUGCCUCCGGCACUGGCGCAUCUAACCCCUGUGGCAGCUCUGCAGCAGGCUCUGCGAAGGCCACCGCCUGGGGGGUGUUGCUGGUGGGGGGGCCUGGGAGUGGGAAGACGGCCCUGUGCACAGAGCUCCUGUGGCCCUCGUCAGCCCAGGGCACUCAUCGGGGGCUGCAGCAGCAGAGUCUGGCCUUCCAUUUCUGCCGGGCGGACGACUCGGACACACUCUGCCUGGGCGGGUUCAUCCGAGGUCUGGUGGCCCAGAUUUGCCGGAGCGGCCUGUUGCCGGGUUACGAGGAGAAGGUGCGCGAUCCAGCGGUGCAGAGCGUCCUGCAGCCCGGGGAGUGUGAGAGAAACCCCACUGAGGCUUUCAAGAGGUGUGUUCUCCUCCCACUCUUGAGUGCCAAGCCACCUCAGCAUGCCCUCUUCCUCCUGGUUGAUUCCAUCGACGAAGGCUGUCAGCUGGGUGAGGGAGAACAGAGGUCUUCAGGCUCAGGCACCCCCAGGACCAUCGCUGAGCUCCUGGCCAGCCACCACGAGUACCUCCCGCCCUGGCUCCUUCUCAUCUGCUCAGCACGCCGCCAGAACAGGGCCAUCACCAAACUGUUCACAGGAUUCCGUAAAAUUAGCCUGGACGACCUUCGCAAGGCCUACAUCGUCAAGGACGUGCAGCAGUACAUCCUCCACCGGCUCGACCAGGAGGAGGCCCUUCGCCAGCACCUCACCAAGGAGACGGCCGAGAUGCUCAACCAGCUUCACAUCAAAAGCAGCGGCUGCUUCCUGUACCUGGAGCGCGUGCUAGACGGGGUGGUGGAGAACUUCAUCGUGCUGCGAGAGAUCCGCGACAUCCCCGGCACGCUCAAUGGCCUCUACUUGUGGCUCUGCCAAAGGCUGUUUGUUCGGAAGCAGUUUGCCAAAGUCCAGCCUAUUCUCAACGUGAUCCUUGCAACCUGCAGGCCACUUACUUUCAAGGAGCUUUACCAUGCUGUCUGGACCAAAAACAUGACUCUCACCAUGGAGGACUUUCAGAAGAAGAUGGACAUCCUCUCCAAGUUGUUGGUUGAUGGCCUCGGAGGUACUAGGAUCCUCUUUCACUACAGUUUUGCCGAGUGGCUCCUGGAUGUUAAGCAUUGUACACAAAAGUACUUGUGUAAUGCAGCGGAGGGACAUAGGAUGGUGGCGAUGAGUUACACUUGCAGGGCCAAGCAGCUCAAACCGCUGGAGGUGCAGGAGUUUGCCCUGCAUCUGAUCAACUCCAACCUGCAGAUAGAGCCUUUCAACCUGGCUCUUUGGAUGGUGUGGAAUGGUACACCCGCCAAAGACUCUCUUUCCAUCUCCAUACCUAAAGAGCAGGAGGUGCUGCAGCUUCUAGUCAAAGCUGGAGCUCACGUCAACAACGACGACGACCAUGCCUCUUGCAUAGUGCAGCAGGCACUGGAGAGAGAGGAUUCGAUUCGGACGUUGCUAGACAAUGGAGCCUCUGUGAACCAAUGUGACUCUAGCGGGAGAACUUUGCUGGCCAAUGCAGCAUACAGUGGAAACCUGGAUGUGGUGAACUUUCUCAUAUCCAGAAGAGCAAACAUGGAGAUGGAGGACAACCAUGGACAAACGUCACUUACUCUUGCGGCAAGACAAGGGCACACUAAGGUCGUAAACUGCCUCAUCGGCUGUGACGCAAACAUCAAUCACACAGACCACGAUGGGUGGACCGCCCUUAGGUCUGCAGCCUGGGGUGGGCAUUCGGAGGUGGUGUCUGCUCUCCUCUACGCCGGUGCCAAAGUUGACUGUGCUGAUGCCGACAGCAGAACGGCCUUAAGAGCCGCAGCUUGGGGAGGUCAUGAAGACAUCGUGCUGAACCUCCUCCAACACGGGGCAGAAGUCAACAAAGCAGACAAUGAAGGAAGGACAGCUCUCAUUGCAGCGGCAUACAUGGGGCACAGAGAAAUCGUAGAGCACCUCUUGGAGCAUGGGGCAGAGGUGAACCAUGGUGAUGCGGACGGAAGGACAGCCCUCUCAGUUGCUGCUCUCUGUGUGCCUGCCAGUAAAGGCCAUGCCUCAGUCGUAAGCCUCCUCAUUGACAGGGGUGCAGAGGUGGACCACUGCGACAAAGACUGCAUGACCCCCCUCCUUGUGGCUGCCUAUGAAGGACAUGUGGACGUAGUUGAUCUGCUGCUGGAAGGUGGAGCUGACGUGGAUCACACUGACAACAAUGGCCGAACGCCUCUCCUUGCUGCAGCGUCCAUGGGCCAUGCCUCUGUUGUCAAUACCCUGCUUUUCUGGGGUGCAGCUGUAGACAGCAUCGACAGUGAAGGAAGGACUGUUCUGAGCAUAGCGUCCGCUCAAGGGAACGUAGAGGUGGUCCGAACUCUGCUGGACAGAGGGCUGGAUGAGAAUCACAGAGAUGACGCAGGCUGGACCCCACUGCACAUGGCCUCAUUUGAGGGUCACCGGCAAGUAUGCGAUGCCCUCAUUGAGCAAGGUGCCCGAUGCACAGAGGUGGAUAACGAUGGUCGAAUACCCCUGAUAUUGUCUGCGCAAGAGGGUCACUAUGACUGUGUCCAUAUUCUUCUGGAAAACAAGUCUUGCAUCGACCAAAGAGGAUAUGAUGGGAGGAAUUCUCUCAGGGUGGCUGCACUGGAAGGCCACAGGGAUAUUGUUGAACUGUUGCUGAGUCAUGGCGCUGAUAUAGACUGUAAAGACGCAGACGGACGCCCGACAUUAUACAUAUUGGCACUUGAGAAUCAACUAGCAAUGGCAGAGUACUUCCUGGAAAAUGGGGCCAAUGUGGAAGUCAGCGACACAGAGGGAAGGACGGCCCUCCAUGUGUCCUGCUGGCAAGGGCAUGUAGAAAUGGUCAGGAUGCUGAUCAACUAUCAUGCCGAUGUGAACUCUUGUGACAACGAGAAGCGAUCCGCCCUCCAGUCAGCGGCUUGGCAAGGCCACACAAAGGUUGUGCGGUUCUUGAUUGACAAUGGCACUCACGUGGAUCACACAUGUAAUCAGGGGGCAACAGCGCUUGGCAUUGCUGCCCAAGAGGGGCACAGAGAUGUAGUGCAGAUCCUUCUGGAGCACGGCGCUGACCCCAACCACGCAGACCAGUUUGGACGCACAGCCAUGCGAGUGGCUGCAAAAGGGGGGCAUUCAAUGAUCAUCAAACUUCUUGAGAAGUAUGGGGCCUCAAGUCUUAAUGGCUGUAGUCCUUCGCCAGUACACACUAUGGAGCAGAAAACCCCACUCUCUGUAGCUGGGAAAAUGCAGUCUCUCACAAUUAAAUCCAACAGCUCUGGCAGCACAGGAGCUGGAGACAUGCAGUCAUCUGGACGUGGUCUACAGAACGGUCCUGUCCACGCCUUCAGCUCCCCUUCAGAAUCUCCUGACUCUACCGUGGACAGACAGAAAUCCUCUCUCUCAAAUAAUUCCCUCAAAAGUUCUAAAAACUCACUGAGAACCACCUCGUCCACCGCGACUGCACAGACCGUGCCCAUAGAUAGUUUCCACGGAAUGACCUUCACCGAGCAAAUCCAGCAACACUCUCUGCCUCGCAGUCGGAGCCGACAGUCCAUCGUCUCACCCUCCUCCACCACCAAGUCCAUUGGACAUCAUCAGGGGUCUCCAUCAAGUGAAUUUGACUGGGCUCAGGUUAAGCCAGGUCUCAAGUCGACCAAAGGGAAUAAGCCUGGAAAUGACACAUCCAACGGCAAAGGGGGGUCAGGAGACAAGAAAAGGCUCAAGAGCAUUGGCUCAACCCAGGGUCAGGAAUAUGAGAUGACCCAGUUUGAUAAGAGGACUGCGCUCAACAAGUCUGUAGCGAACAUUGCAGUGAAGGAUCCUCAUUGUAAGAUCAUGGUUGGCGGCUCCACCCAGCCAGAUGGGGGACUGACCCAAGAGCAGUUAUUCAUCCAACAGCAGAGCAUUGCAGAGAAGAAGCGAAAUGGAAUUAUGACCAACCCCAACUACCAUCUUCAGGGCAAUCAGGUUUUUCUCGGGAGGGUUUCUGUCCCAAGGACUGUACAGAAUAGAGGGCACCAGGAUGUCCUGGAGAACUACCCUAUAGGGGAGACUGAAUUAAGCCUUAAACAAGCACUGAAACUGCAGAUAGAAGGAUCAGACCCUGGGUUUAACUACAAAAAGGAGACACCAUUAUAGCUGAUGUCUUGAACGCCAUUCGUCACGGAGACAUCGGGAGGGAAUGUGCCAAAGCAACUCCCCCC